UCACGCCACACGGAGCUCUUUCUCAUCUCAAGACCGAGUUUUCUCUCUCGACGCAGUCAUCUCAGAUCAUCCAUCUCAUCUCAGAUCAGAUCGGUAGCUUGCUUUAUGUAUAUAAGGAGAGAAACAGUGUAUCUUAAAUGGAUGUCAAGUAUUGGAGAGACAAAUGAUGUCGUCGACCUCUCUCAUUCUCAGCCUGCAACUCCUUCUGGUUCAAAGUGUGGUUGGACAAGCAUCUGCCUAAAGGACCUAAUUAGUAACUUGCCCGAUGGAAUUCUCGUUUCCAUUUUGUCUCGGUUGGAAAUUGAACAAGCAGCAAGAACUAGUGCCCUAUCUCGCAGAUGGAGAUAUUUGUGGACAUUCACUAGUAGUUUGAUAUUCAAAUUUUGCGAUUGGCAGCUAGUGGAUCAUGAAGAUAAGUUAUUUGGUCUCAAAUGCAGGCAAUUUGUUGAUCGGGUUAAUCAUAUCUUGAAGUUUCAUCGUGUUUCUGGGCCUUCAUUCAAGCUAAAGUACUUAGAGAUCGGAGGUUGCUUCUGUUUGAGAAGUGUUGAUAUUUAUGAUGCAAAUCUAAUGUCGUUUAAAUACAGCGGACUAAAGACCGACAUUGCCUUUAAAAACACACCGCAUCUUGUUAAGGCAUCUUUUGAUGGGCCUUAUGCUCGCUAUAUUGUUAAGAACUUUAUACAGGUUUCAAGCCAUCUCCUUCAACUAGAGACACUUGUAUUGAACUUGAGUAGGGGACUUAAGAAGUUGAGAUGCUUCCCUAGAUUUCCCAAGUUAAGGAAUCUCAGGCAGUUGGAAUUGAUGCUCAAUCCUGGUGUCUCUGGGCUCCUUUGUGCAUACCUGCUAAGGGUGUCUCCUUUAUUGAGGAUACUUAAAAUUGAGUUUCGGGACUUCAAGGACUCCACAAAAGAAACGAAGAUACGAAGGUCUAAACAUCUACAUAAAAGCCUCAAGGUGCUUGAAUUGAAUGGAUUUGUUGGAUGCAAAGCUGAUCUGCAGAUUGCCUCAUACAUACUCGGCAGUACUGUAUCACUUCAGGAGAUAAUCAUUGAUCCCAGCUGUCCAAAUAAAUGGGCACCUGAAGAUCCUGACAAGCAACAACUGGCUAGAACUCGUGCGAGGCACUUGGAAACAAGAUUACCUUUUGGGACACAAUUGGUGUUGAGAUAACGAUUUAUGAACUUCUUGGCUCGUAUCUACUUGAUACUGGGUCUUCAAGGAUACAGGUUUUUAUUUUAUUUUUUGGGGCACAAUCUGCUAGUAGUGAGAAAACUAAUAUUAGUUAUUAAGAAUAUUAUUUAAAUCGGUGUUCAAUCUUAACUUUGAAUUUGAGAUGAAGGUUGUUUACAAAAUUGGUGUGGUGUUAUUAUUAUUAUUUGGCUGGGGGAUUAUUUGAUUUUUC